AUUCGUUCGGACUUAAUUAGUCAUGCCAGCGUCAAAUGCUUCUUGUUGUGUUGUUGGUGCUUCAAUUUGCAGGCUAGGAAAAUUAAUUUUGUUAAAUUUGCUUUUGAAUUUUCAGAAUGGAUAUUAAAAAAACUGUUUGGACUAUAGUUUGUGGUUAGUAGUUGCAUGUUGAAAGUCACAACAAUGAAAGAUAUCAUUAAAAUAUAUUUCAGACUUUAUAGCAAAAUAAUUUUUGAAUUAUAUCAGUUAACGGAUUAAAAAAAUGAACAUCGUUUAUAAAUUUGUAGCAUCAACAUAACAAAUGACGAGUUACACAUUUAUAUUGGACGUUUCUCGAAAUCACAAAUAUUCUGCUAGCAAGCAAUUACUUUGACGCCUGACUGUUUAGUUACGAACAUUUCAUCUUUUGUCAACGAAUAUUUAAUUAACCAUUCUUAAUAGAGAUAUGUUAUUUUGGAACAAAAUAGUUAUAAUUUGCCAACAAAUAAACAAAUGAAACAAUACACACGCCUGCAUGAAUGAACGUCAAAAGUUUUGACUCAGAACCAAAGCAAGACCAAUCAUAUCAGCACGCAGCAGUUCUUAAGAGAUCUCAAUCUGUAAUAUAAAAUAUAAGUCUGUCCUAAAUGUUCUAUAAUAAUAAAUGAAAUCUCUUCUUAAUUUCUGCACGUAUUAGCCAGCAUUUCAUAGGACCUUGAAGGAUGGAAAGACUCUUCAAGUCGGUCCUCAGCGUUCGCGAGUUCAAACUCCACGUGGACGAUGACUACGUGGACAGGUUGAGUCACCGAGUUACGGUCAUCAUUCUCGUUGGAUUUGCUUUCAUCGCAAGCACCAAGCAGUUUGUUGGCGUUCCCAUGAGCUGCUGGUGCCCACCCGAGUUCAAGCCCAGUCAUCGGGACUACACGGACACCAUCUGUUGGGUCAGCAACACUUACUACCUACCUGUCAAUGAGAUCAUUCCCAGAGACAAAUUUUCUAUGCAAUCAAAAAAACAGGUGAUCUGUUACUACCAAUGGGUACCACUGAUUCUUAUAUUUCAAGCCGUUUUAUCCUUCAUCCCCUGCCAACUCUGGCGUUUCCUCAACCAGAGGUCUGGAGUGAACCUCUGCACGAUCAUGGACGCAGCGCACGUUUGUUCGGAAGCAUCGUACCUCGAAGUGAGGGAGAAAGCUGUCCGCUACAUCGUCAACCACAUGGAUCGCUACCUCCUCAGCCAGCGAGAGUUCAGGACGGGUUGCUUGGUGCGAAUCAAACAUUUCGUAGCGAAGGUCUGCUGUUUGAUAGGGGGCAGACUCUAUGGCAAUUAUCUCAUAACAGCAUAUCUCUGCAUUAAGAUGCUCUACAUCGUUGUUGCUAUUGUGCAACUCAUGCUCAUGGAAGUGUUCCUGGGCAUUGAGUACCAUUGGUACGGCACGUACGUCAUCGAUAAGCUAAUAAAAGGACAAGAAUGGGAGCCAUCCGAACGUUUUCCACGUGUGACCUUGUGUGAAUUUGACCUUCGCUACCAGUCACGAAUCAUCAAUUACGUUGUUCAGUGUGCCCUAACCAUCAAUCUCUUCAACGAGAAAAUAUUUGUAUUUGUUUGGUUCUGGUUUGUUUUUGUCAUUAUUGUAACAUCGAUCAAUUUGUUAAAAUGGCUUUUCCGAUCGUUGUACUGGCCCGGCCAGGUGCAGUAUGUUCGGCAGAGGUUGAGAGCCUUCGAUAUCGCCCAUCGAGAUUCUAACGUCUUGGCGAAAUUUACGGAAAAUUAUUUGCGUAGAGACGGGAUGUUCAUCCUGCGACUCAUCAGCCAGAACAUGGGAGAGGUGGUGUCAGGGGAGGCUUUGUGCGGCCUCUGGAACAACUACAACCCUGAAAAACGCAUCCUUGCUGAAAAACCUGGUCGACGCCACAUGGACAAAAGUCGAGGAACCGGAGGAAAGAAAAUAGACAUCUGAAAUAAUCUGAAAUAAUUUUAGUUCGUUGUCUUUGUAUUUGGUUCCUUGAACGUAAAAUUUAGCCAGACGAGAGAAUGAUUGUGUGUGUUCACAAGAGAAGGCAGUUAAUCUUCUCUCGGAGUGAAAGAAAAAAACGUUUGUUUCAAAUUCUUCUAAAUUAUUGAUUUUUUAACGCAAUGCAUUCCUGCUAAUUUUCAGUUUUCAGUUUAAUUUUUCAAAUUUGAAUCUUUUCAACAUUUCCCUUAAUUGUGCUGUAUAGUUGAACAAGAAGUGUAAUUUCUCAAUUGCAUGCAACUUUUCAAUUUUUUCUUUUCAUCACAUUCUCCAGCUAGUUAGUCAAAUGUAAUGUUGUUAAUUUCUCAAACUCGUGACAAUUAUUUUUAUUCACAGACUUUUGUUUCAUGCAGUAGAUACAUAAUUCAUUCAUCGAAUUAUCAUUUCACUCCAGAAAUCAUAUUUCAAUUUUAUUUCAUUGUCUUAACAUGCCUUCCAUAGAAUUUCAACCGUUGUUCAUGUAGAAGUAUUACAAAUCUAUUCCACUACUUGUAAAUCAUUUAUUGAAAUUAAAAUUUUCAUUUACGUCAUAGAGAUUAUUUCAAUUAUCAAUAAAAUGAAGAUGCAUAAAUUGAAGAGCCUUUUUAAAAGACCGAUAUUAAUAUUUCUUUCUGUAACUUCUUUCGUGAGAUGUGAAUGAAUAGGUUUAGAUUGUAGUGUUCAACGAAUUUUCCAGUUAAUUUCUAAUUUAAUUUAGAACGUUCAUUUUUUGUGAUAUUGACUUGUCAAUAAAGUUUACAAAAUCUU